CGGGGAGCGGAAGUGACGCGUUUGUCCCGCGCUGGCUGGCGCUGCAGCCUCUCUCCUUAGUCUCCGGCGGCGGGCGUUUGUUCUGACUCAAAUGGGUGAUGAAAAGGACUCUUGGAAAGUGAAAACUUUAGAUGAAAUUCUUCAGGAAAAAAAACGAAGGAAGGAGCAAGAAGAGAAGGCAGAGAUAAAACGCAUUAAAAAUUCUGAUGAUCGGGAUUCAAAGCGGGAUUCCCUUGAAGAGGGGGAGCUGAGAGAUCACCGUAUGGAGAUAACAAUCAGGAAUUCACCUUACAGGAGAGAAGAUUCUAUGGAAGAUAGCAGAGGAGAGGAGGAUGAUUCCUUGGCUAUCAAACCACCACAGCAAAUGUCACGGAAGGAAAAGGCACAUCACAGGAAAGAUGAGAAGAGGAAAGAGAAACGUAGACAUCGUAGUCAUUCAGCAGAAGGAGGGAAGCAUGCCAGGGUAAAAGAGAAGGAACGUGAGCAUGAACGUAGGAAAAGACAUCGAGAAGAGCAGGAUAAGGCUCGACGUGAAUGGGAAAGGCAGAAGAGGAGGGAAAUGGCUAGGGAGCAUUCCAGGAGGGAGAGGGAUCGUCUAGAGCAGCUUGAGCGAAAACGAGAACGGGAGAGAAAAAUGCGAGAGCAACAAAAAGAGCAAAGGGAACUAAAAGAACGGGAAAGGCGAGCUGAAGAAAGGCGCAAGGAACGGGAGGCCAGACGAGAAGUUUCUGCACAUCAUAGAACAGUGAGGGAAGAUUAUGGAGACAAAGUAAAAAUAAGAACCUGGAGUCGCAGCCCAUUACGACAGCAAAGAGAGAAGCUUGAGCAAGGAGAUGGCAGGAAGCCAGUAAAAGAGGAGAAAACAGAAGAAAGAGACCUGCUUUCAGAUUUGCAAGACAUCAGUGACAGUGAGAGAAAAACUAGCUCAGCAGAGUCUUCGUCAGGAGAAUCUGGAUCUGGUUCAGAGGAAGAGGAGGAGGAAUCUAGCAGUGGAGAAUCAGAAGAGGAGGAGGAGGAGGAGGAAGAGGAAGAAGAGGAAGAAGAGGAGGAGGAGGAAGAGGAGGAGGAGACAGGAAGCAAUUCUGAGGAAGUGUCUGAACAGUCAGCUGAAGAGGUGAGUGAAGAAGAAAUGAGUGAAGAAGAAGAGCGAGAGAAUGGAAAUCACAUUCCAAUUGUUACAGAGUCAAGGUUUGAUCGAGAUUCAGCAGGAAGUGAAGGAGAAGAGGAGGAAGUGGGGGAGGGGACCCCACAUUCCAAUGCAAUGACAGAAGGAGAUUAUGUUCCUGAUUCUCCAGCUUCAUCACCCAUUGAGUUGAAACAAGAGCUACCCAAGUACCUUCCUGCACUGCAGGGAUGUCGUAGCGUGGAGGAAUUUCAGUGUUUGAACAGGAUUGAAGAAGGAACAUAUGGUGUGGUGUACAGGGCAAAAGACAAAAAAACUGAUGAAAUUGUGGCUCUGAAGCGACUGAAAAUGGAAAAAGAAAAAGAAGGCUUUCCCAUUACCUCUCUAAGAGAAAUAAACACCAUUCUGAAAGCACAGCACCCAAAUAUAGUCACUGUUAGAGAAAUUGUUGUGGGCAGUAAUAUGGAUAAAAUCUAUAUCGUAAUGAAUUAUGUAGAACAUGACCUCAAGAGUCUGAUGGAAACCAUGAAACAGCCAUUUUUACCAGGAGAAGUGAAAACUUUGAUGAUUCAGUUAUUACGUGGAGUCAAGCACCUUCAUGACAACUGGAUACUUCAUCGGGACUUGAAGACAUCCAACCUGCUGCUGAGUCAUAAAGGCAUUUUAAAAGUUGGAGAUUUUGGACUGGCCCGAGAGUAUGGGUCACCUCUGAAGCCUUAUACACCUGUAGUUGUGACACUAUGGUACAGGGCACCAGAGCUGUUACUUGGCGCCAAGGAAUACUCCACUGCAAUAGACAUGUGGUCAGUAGGUUGUAUAUUUGGAGAACUGUUAACUCAGAAACCGCUGUUUCCAGGAAAAUCAGAAAUUGACCAGAUUAACAAAGUUUUUAAGGACCUGGGUACCCCCAGUGAGAAAAUCUGGCCUGGGUACAAUGAGCUGCCUGCUGUAAAGAAGAUGACAUUCACAGAGUAUCCCUAUAACAACUUGCGCAAGAGGUUUGGGGCACUCCUUUCUGAUCCAGGUUUUGAUCUCAUGAACAAGUUCUUGACAUACUAUCCAGGCAGAAGAAUCACUGCUGAAGAUGGUUUGAAGCAUGAGUAUUUCCGAGAGACUCCCCUUCCUAUUGACCCAUCCAUGUUUCCAACCUGGCCAGCAAAAAGUGAACAACAAAGAGUUAAGCGCGGCACAAGCCCACGACCUCCAGAGGGAGGACUUGGGUAUAGUCAAUUGGGUGAUGAUGAUCUGAAAGAUACAGGUUUUCACCUGACUACCACAAAUCAAGGAGCAUCAGCAGCAGGACCUGGCUUCAGCCUCAAGUUUUAAACUUAAUAUGAGGAGGGAAAAAAGACAGAGCUUUGACUUCAACCAUGCUGUUGAUGAAUGGAUUUCAAAGCGCUCCAGUUUUGUUCUUCGCAUCAGGAAGACUGUGUUUUACACAGAAAUAGCCAGAUGUCAUCUUGCUGGGUGUGGAAUAUAACUGCUGCAUUUCAUUCAGGGGACUGGAAUGAAUUAAUCCGAAAAGCCAAGGAUCAUUACAAAAAUUCAAAAAGGAAAACUUGAAGUACAAUCUUGGAACUGGUUUUGUUUUUGUUUUUUACUUUUUAAUUUUUUUGCUUGUAAAUUUGUAGAAUUAAAAUCCAUUUUUAAUUGUUUAACAGUGUGAAGGAUUUCAUUUUCUUCACCUGCACCAGACUUGGAUGGUGGUGGCACUAAAUCUUCUAGAGAGGAAACGUAGAGAGAUUUUUCUCUCUCCAUCCCCAUUUGUGCUUACACAAAUUGAAGC